UUCGUGAAUUCUUCCAGCAAUAUUGUAGACGACAAAGCUCUCGAAUCCUGGAAAUUUAUGCCAGAGGACUCGAGGGCCACUGAGGCAAGUAAGCUUCUAAAAGGAGUUGAUGCUAUUGCUCUGCAUUUUGCCAAAACUGCUGUUGCAAGUGAUGCAAUCGUCUCUGAGGCUCCAAACGUCGUGUUGAGUGCUAAAUCCAUCAACGACGACAAACCGUCUUCCCAGCGGAUGCCACCGACAAGCAAGAUCAUGCGCAAUUUUACGUCUAGCAGUGUCUUAUUACCAGGCUCCGUCUUAAUGCAACAACAGAAUGAAGGAGACCGGAGCAAAACCCAGUAUAUUACAUUCGUAUCUUACCGCAACCUUGAAGCUUUGAUGCAACCCAGUAUAAAUGAGAAAUCUUCUAACUAUACUGAAGAUGAGAGUGACCUGGGUAAAAUCGAGUCUGAAAUUACGUCAGUUUCACUGCACCCGAUGAAAAUAAACAGCUUUGAAGACCCUGUCGUCAUAACCAUGAAAAGCGAACAGGAUAACAGCAAACCCCAAGCUAACUGUGUUUUCUGGAAUGUGUCUGGCCCCAGAGGUUUCUGGUCGAAAACAGGCUGCAAUUUAAAGGAAAGGAACUCAAGCCAUACCACUUGUCAGUGUUACCAUCUGACAAGCUUUGCCGUGCUCAUGCGCAUUGCAGACAUACCAGAAGACGACGUAAUGGAGAAACAUAAAUUUGCCCUGAGUCUUAUUUCACUGGUUGGUAUCAGCAUUUCCAUCGCAGCUUUGACGUUAACCUUUCUUACCUUCGCUUUCCUAAGAUUUAAAAAUACGCGUCAUCGUUAUUUUGUUCACGCCAACUUAGCACUCUCGCUGGGUUUGGCGGAGACUUUGUUCCUGUUUGGAAUAACCAAGACGGCGAAUAAGCUAAUUUGUAAGAUCGUCGCCAUCGCCCUCCACUACCUAUUUUUGGUAUCAUUUUGUUGGAUGGCUGUGGAAGGAAUCGUCCUUUAUCUCCUGCUUGUGAAGAUUUUCAGAACAAAAACUCGGCCAGCGAGAGACAGGACUGUGUUCUUUAUGUGCAGUUGGGGCAUCCCAGUAAUCGUCGUGAGUGGGUCGGCUGUGCUUUUUCACGAAGGCUAUGGCACAGAGGAAUUCUGUUGGUUGUCAUUUGAAAGGCGCUUUACCUGGGCGUUUGUAGGACCAGUUCUUUUAAUCUGCUUAUUUAAUUUCAUUUGUUUGGGGAAGACGUUUAUGAUCAUGUCAGCUCGAGGACGAACGAAGAAGACAGACACGACUAUCGAAAAAAUAAGAUACUGGUCCAAAGGAUCUGCUUUACUUUCUUGUCUCCUUGGCCUGACUUGGAUACUUGGAGUUUUUGUAGUCAAUCGAGACACUAUAUUCAUGGCGUAUAUGUUUAAUAUUUUCAACACCUUACAGGGACUUUUUAUAUUCGUCUUUCACUGCAUCGGCGAUGAAAAGGUACGCGCAGAAUAUCUACGUAUAAUCCGCUGUCAAACACGAGCUCAGGCCUAUGGCACUGCUCGUCCAUGGUGGAGCAAGUCUGAUUCUUUAAGCCGAUCUCGAACAUGGGAGGAGAGGCACGGGAAAGUUUACAGAAGGGGUACUUUUCAAUCAAACAUUGAUUGCUCAAAGACGCAAGGUUCUGUCCAGCGGAGAGCUAACACCAUGACAGGCCCGGAGGAUGUUGCAUUUCUAGAGAGAUUUGAAUAUAAACCACCACCAGAAAUGACUCACAUUUUUGGAACUGUUGAGGAUGAAUAUUUACAGGAGAACGCGGAACAAACAGAAGCUCAGUUAAAUGAGGAAAAAGGCGAGAAUCAAACUGACGGUCAAAAUGAGCCGAGAAGCUGUACACCAACGUCAAACCAGACCUCAGAGGAAAGCAGAAAAGAACACGCAUCUGUUGAAACCAGUUUGACUUGUUCCUGUAAGAGCGCAUCACAGUCUAACCUCCCGGAUGUGAUACAGACUGACUACAAAGGAAACGAUAUAGCAAAAAAUGACAGCACGGUCUGAAUUAUAAGUGACAACCUGAGCGACUGGAGGUUUGCGUUAAAUGAGAUUCUCACUGAAUGCUUGUUUGGUAAAGAGAACAGAGUAAAGUUUGCUCACGAGGAUUGAAUGCCUGGCUGGAAAAUGUAUGGGACCAAGGAGAAAGGCCGUGAAAUCCGAAUAGAAGUCUCGGAACAUUGAUGAAUCGUCCUCUACUGAAAUAUCAGGGAAAUAUUAGAGGUCCUGUGGCCUGUUUUUCGAAAGUCCCAGUAACUUAGUGGGUUCGCAAGAGCUGUUCUGUUUUCAUUCAAGAUGGGAAUUUCAAAAGUUUU